CUGACAAUGAAUGGUGUCGACCUCGAAAGAACCACUUCUCGGCAAGGCAAUGAUCCCUUCCAAACUCCGACUACCGAGCAAGGCGAGAUAAACAUUGCGGAAAACUACAAUGUAGAUGCCUUCGAAGACAUCCCUCCGGAUGGCGGCUAUGGCUGGGUGUGCACAUUCUGCGUGUUUAUGAUCACUGUGCACACCUGGGGCGUGAUUAGCGCGUGGGGAGUAAUCCUUGCCUAUUUCCUGUCCAACUCGACAUUUCCCAGUGCUGGUCACCUGGAUUAUGCAUUCAUCGGUGGAUUGUCUAUCUCCCAGUGCUUGUUGAUUGGGCCCAUUGUCACCAAGACAUACAAAGCUGUGGGAACCACAAUGACUUUACUGUUUGGCACAGCACUGGUCUUUGCCUCUCUUUUCAGUGCAUCCUAUGCCACAAAGAUAUGGCAUUUGUUUUUGUCUCAAGGUGUGUGUUUUGGCUUCGGCAUGGGCUUCCUCUACCUCACUGCCAUGGCCAUUCUUCCUCCUUGGUUCUCAACCAAGAGGAGCUUUUCUAUCGGCAUUGCCGCCUCCGGCUCUGGGAUUGGCGGACUUGUCUAUAGCUUGGCAUCAGGUCAUACAACCGAGACCAUGGGCUGGCAGAUGACCUACAAGAUCCUGGCAUUCUGCGCGCUGGGGUCCAAUCUGGUAUGCUCGUUGUUGCUGAAGGACCGCAAACAAUCUCGGGCUGCUAUCGCUGAGCGGACAUUCAAUUUUCGCGAUUUCAAUUUCCAAGUCUUUCUGAUGAUCGUAUGGGGAGUCAGCACGGAGCUGGGUUUCAUUGCUUUGAUAUACUCAUUGCCGCAUUGCGCGUCCUCAAUCGGGCUAAGCCCACAGCAGGGAUCGGUAGCAGGUGCUAUCCUGAACCUUGGGCUAGCAAUUGGACGGCCUCUGACCGGCUACAUUAGCGACAGUUUCGGAAGAAUCACGGUUUCGACGUUUAUGACAGCCUUUUGCGCCAUUGUCUGUUUUGCCAUCUGGAUCCCAGCACAGUCGUACGCGCCCCUUUUAGUGUUCGCCAUUUUAUCGGGAAUGGUCAGUGGGACAUUCUGGGGAACGAUAACACCCGUGACAGCUGAGGUGGUCGGAUUGAGCCGUCUGCCAACGACAUUCUCUAUGAUCUGCCUUAUGCUGGUUGUUCCAACCACCGUCGCUGAGCCCGUGGCUCUCAGCCUGGUGGCCAGCUCUGGCUACUUGAAUACCCAAGUAUAUAUCGCAUGCAUGUUUAUUUUGGGCGCCCUUAGUCUUUGGAUCUUGCGGUCGUGGAAGUUCUAUGAGAUUGAACGAAAGGCGGCACGAGAACAGGAGGGCGUAUAUAGAUCGGAAGAUGCACUGGCUAGCUUUCCGAGUUAUUUUGGGUGGCUUCAGCCUCGGAAAUUGUUUUUGUACGGUCGUGUGUAAUGAAUGACCCGGAGUCUUGCCAUUUGGAGGUAAGGCAUCAAAUCGGUUAUUCUAGGGAGAGAUAGAUGCAGGGGAUGGCUAUUGUGAUGAUCGGUAGGAAUGAAAUCAGGAGAUUGAGAUGAUCAC